UGGUGGCAGGAGAAGACGCGCACAGUAGAGCUCCAGCUCGCUCUCUUGACUGUGCCGGAGCUUCCUCCUCCUCCUCCUCCUCCUCCUCCUCCUCUUCCUCCUCCUCCUCUUCCUCCUCCCCUGCUCCCCGUGUCCUGUAGUGAGAAGAAGAUGUCUGUGAACGAGGUGUACGUGUUCCGGCCCUUCAAGCUGAUCGCGCUGCUGUGCGUCUUCCUGGCGCUGUGUCUGGACGUGGUGGCUCUGCUGAGCCCGGCCUGGGUCACCGCCGAGCACUUCUCCCUGUCCCUGUGGGAGUCCUGCUCCCAGGCCGAGGCGCGCCACCCGGCCGAGGAGGAGGCUGAGUGGAGCUGCUUCUCCACCCUCACAUCUGACUGGCAGAUUGCCACCCUGGUGCUGCUGGGGGUCGGCGCAGUGGCGACUCUGGUGGCCUUUCUGGUGGCCCUCAUUUCCCUCUGCAGGGGGACGCAGAGGCAACACUACCGGACCGUGGCGGUGUUCCUCUUCACUGCAGUGGUCCUGCAGGCCUGCGCUCUGGUCCUCUACCCGAUCAAGUUCAUCGACGGAACGGUUCUGCAGACCUAUCACGAGUUCAACUGGGGCUACGGGCUCGGCUGGGGGGCCACCAUCUUCAUGCUGGGCGGGGGGAUCCUCUUCUGCCUGCGGACGGACACAUACGAGGAUGCCAUGUACUGAGACGUCCUGCAAAGCAUGCUGCAAGGAAGCAAAACACACACACACACACACAUGCACACACAAACAUUUACACAUCCACAGAGACUUUUCUUUACUCUGCACACGGCCAGUGUGAGCACAGACCCCAUCCCUCAGUUUGCUCUCUCUGUUAUUUUUAGGCAGGUUGUUAAGGCCUAAUUUAGGCCAGGGCUGUAUGAAUAGAGACACCCCCCCCCCACCUUCCACCGUUCCACUCCCACCUCACUGCCAGGCAGCCCGUGGAUCUCAGGCCGGCCGGUAAUGGGGUCGAGGUGAUAAAGCCGAAGCACACAGAGAGGAUUCUGGACAGGCUCGAGCCUCUGCCGAUGCUGCUGGACGUUUCCACUGCUCGGUGACCUGGAUGUCUAUUGUUAGAGAGAACCGGGACAGUAGAUCCUCCACAGACCCAGAUGUACAGCAGCUGAAUAUUUAACAGGACUGACUUAUCACCACAUUUCUUUUUAUUUU